GAGCGGGAGACCCGGCGGACUGCCUCCCUCACCGCUCUGCUUCAUUGGAGGUCUAACGCGGCGCUCUGUUGUCCCCGCUUCUCCCCAGGCUCAAGCCCUCGGGAUGCACAGUCUUUGACAUCAGCUCUCCUGGGACCCUGAAGGGACACUAGAGUCCAGAAUAUUCUGAGGCAUGGCACCCCUGAAACCUGCCGGCCCUUGCUACUAUCUGCUGUUUGCUCUGCCCUGCUGAGCCACUCAGGCUGGAACCCCCAGGACAACACCUGCCUCCUGAGGUUGUCCUGGCUCAGUUUUCCACAGCGAUGGUGGAGAAUUGGACUCCACAGACUCACAACCUUCCCAUCAGGCUUCAGGAGCCAGCAUCCUUCAUCCUGGGGCUGGCAGCCCUGAACAAUGGCUAAGGGCCAUAGGACCCCAUAAAGUUACUCCACAGCUUACAGGGGCCAGUAGCACUCCAGUGCCUGUGGACUAUGACCACCUAUCGACCCAUUCCCAGUGAUGAUGUAGACCUGGCAGCCAGCUGUGGGGCCAGGGGAGCCGAUGUCCUCCCUGGGCCGCACACAGGGGACUAUGCUCCCAUGGGAUUCUGGGUCCAGAAUGGUAGCAUGCCCCAGCCUGUUGGUGAGGGCCCAGCCACCACUACCACCACCCGCCCCAGUCCCACCACGCCUGCAGUGCCCAAGAUGGGCGUGCGCGCAAGAGUAGCCGACUGGCCACCCAAGAGGGAGGCCCUGAGAGAGCAGAACAACCCAAGCCCCUCACAGGACACAGAUGGCACAAAAGCCACAAAGGUGGCCCAUUCCAUGAGGAGCAUACAGAGUAGACAGCCCCCUGCCAGCACCCUGGCUUCUACAGGGUCCAAAGCCUUCCACCGACUCUCCAGGAGAAGAUCCAAAGAUGUGGAAUUCCAGGAUGGGUGGCCCCGUUCCCCUGGAAGGGCCUUCCUUCCCCUGCGGCACCGCAGCAGCAGUGAGAUCACCCUCAGCGAGUGUGACAUGGAGGACAUGGGGGAGCCCCGGGGGGGCCGGCUCACAGGGGCUCUACCCCUCUUCCGCGAAUAUGGGAGCACAUCCUCCAUCGAUGUGCAGGGCAUGCCUGAGCAGAGCUUCUUUGACAUUCUCAAUGAGUUCCGCAAUGAGCAGCCAGAGGCCCAAGGCUCUCAGAACCUCUCUGAGCUCCUCCAGGCAGAUCCCAGCCCACACCUUACAGGUGGUGCCACUGGAGUCAAGGGGGACCCCCGCAACGGGCAGCCCACCAGGGACAACCUCCCACUACAGCCUGGGAAAGAGAGAGAGAGGGCCCGCAAGAAGCCCAUGCGGGGCCUAGGCAGUGGGGAUGCAGUGGACUCGUCCAUCUUUCGGAAGCUGAGGAGCAAUAAACCAGAAGGCGACAUGGGCCGGUCCCCAGGGGAGGCAGAGGAAGGGCGGAGCCCACAGGAGGCCAGCAGGCCAUGGGUCUGCCAGAAGAGCUUUGCCCAUUUUGAUGUGCAGAGCAUGCUGUUUGACCUCCAUGAGGCGGCUGCCCACAGGGUGUCCACAGCCCAGAGGCGGAACACCACAACGGGGGCCUCAGCCGCCUCAGCUGUGGCAUCAUCCCUCACAGCAUUGCGGGCUAAUGGCCUAGGGGGCCUGGACACAGCCUUCACCAGCACAGAGGACUUGAACUGCAAGGAGAACCUAGAGCAGGACCUGGGUGAUGACAACAGCAAUGACCUACUGCUCAGUUGCCCACACUUUCGCAAUGAGAUCGGUGGUGAAUACGAGCGCAAUGUGAGCUUCUCCCGGGCCUCGGUUGGCUCUCCAGGCGGGAGCGAGUGCCGCCUGGCCGAACCCACCCUCAGCACCUACCGCACCAACGCCAGCAUCUCAGUGCUGGAGGUGCCCAAGGAGCAGCAGAGGACUCAGAGUCGCCCUCGGCAGUACAGCAUCGAGCACGUGGACCUGGGCGCCCGCUACUACCAGGACUACUUCGUGGGCAAAGAGCAUGCCAAUUACUUUGGCGUGGAUGAGAAACUGGGGCCAGUGGCCGUGAGUAUCAAGCGGGAAAAGCUGGAGGACCACAAGGACCAUGGGCCUCAGUACCAGUACAGGAUCAUCUUCCGGACGCACGAACUCAUCACCCUUCGGGGCUCCAUCCUGGAGGAUGCCACACCCACAGCCACAAAGCAUGGGACUGGGCGGGGCCUGCCCCUGAAGGAUGCCCUGGAGUAUGUCAUCCCUGAGCUUAACAUCCACUGCCUGCGGCUGGCUCUCAACACUCCCAAGGUGACGGAGCAGCUGCUGAAGCUCGACGAGCAAGGGCUCUCCCGGAAACACAAAGUGGGCAUCCUCUACUGCAGGGCAGGCCAAAGCUCAGAGGAGGAGAUGUACAACAAUGAGGAGGCUGGCCCCGCCUUCGAGGAGUUUCUCACCCUGCUUGGCGAGAAGGUCUGCCUAAAGGGUUUCACCAAGUACGCUGCCCAGCUGGAUGUCAAGACCGACUCCACAGGAACCCACUCCCUCUACACAACGUACCAGGACUAUGAGAUCAUGUUCCAUGUCUCCACCCUGCUCCCUUAUACCCCCAACAACAGGCAGCAGCUGCUACGGAAGAGGCACAUAGGAAAUGACAUUGUGACGAUCAUCUUCCAAGAGCCAGGGGCUCUGCCUUUCACCCCCAAGAACAUCCGCUCACAUUUUCAGCACGUCUUUAUCAUUGUCCGAGCUCACAACCCCUGCACUGACAAUGUCUGCUACAGUAUGGCUGUGACCCGAUCCAAAGACGCUCCUCCUUUUGGCCCCCCCAUCCCCAGUGGAACCACAUUCCGCAAAUCUGAUGUCUUCAGAGACUUCUUGCUGGCCAAGGUGAUUAAUGCAGAGAACGCCGCACACAAGUCCGACAAGUUCCGUACAAUGGCCACCAGAACCCGGCAGGAGUACCUCAAGGACCUGGCUGAAAACUGUGUCUCCAACACACCCAUUGAUUCCACUGGCAAAUUCAACCUCAUCUCCCUGACCUCCAAGAAGAAGGAGAAGACCAAAGCCCGGGCAGGUGCUGAGCAGCAUAGCUUGGGGGCCAUUGCGUGGAGGGUGGCAGCUCAGGACUAUGGCCAGGGGGUAGAAAUUGACUGCAUUUUGGGAAUUUCCAACGAGUUUGUGGUGCUCCUGGACCUACGCACCAAGGAGGUGGUAUUCAACUGCUACUGUGGGGAUGUUAUUGGCUGGACCCCAGACUCCUCAACACUCAAAAUCUUCUAUGGGCGUGGGGAUCACAUCUUCCUCCGGGCCGCUGACGGGUCUGUGGAAGACAUCAGAGACAUCGUUCAGAGACUGAAGGUGAUGACCAACGGCUGGGAGACAGUGGACAUGACCCUGCGGCGGAAUGGGCUCGGGCAGCUGGGCUUCCAUGUGAAGUACGACGGGACUGUGGCAGAGGUAGAAGAAUAUGGGUUUGCCUGGCAGGCCGGCCUCCGGCAAGGCAGCCGCCUGGUAGAGAUCUGCAAGGUGGCUGUGGUCACUCUGACCCACGACCAGAUGAUCGACCUACUGCGCACCUCUGUCACCGUCAAGGUGGUCAUCAUCCCACCAUUCGACGAUGGCACACCCCGGAGGGGAUGGCCAGAGACCUAUGACAUGAGUACCUCGGAGCCAAAACCUGAGUUGGACAGCUUGCCCCCUGGGGGGCGGCCCCCCUACCGUAGCAACGCACCCUGGCAGUGGAGCGGGCCUGCCUCCCACAACUCUCUACCAGCCUCCAAGUGGGCCACUCCUCCUACCCCUGGCCAUGCCCAGUCCCUGAGCCGACCCUCAAAGCAGACCCCCAUGGUCCCCUUUCGGGAGUCCCAGCCCCUGCACAGCAAGAGGCCUGUUAGCUUCCCAGAAACCCCUUACACAGCAUCACCAGCAGGGGUCGACAAAGCCGCUCCCUACCGGCAGCCUUCUGGGAGCUUUUCCACUCCUGGCUCAGCCACCUAUGCAAGAUACAGGCCAUCCCCAGAAAGGUAUGCAGCUGCCCCACACCCACUGCUGUCUUUUGAUCCCCACUUCGGCCACGAUGGGACAUCCAGCGGGGACUCCUCCUCAGGUGGUCUGACCAGCCAGGAGAGCACGAUGGAACGCCAGAAGCCAGAACCUCUGUGGCAUGUGCCUGCCCAGGCCCGGCUCUCAGCCCUGGCUGGAAGCAGCGGGAGCAAACACACCUCCAGGCAGGACACAGCAGGCAAAGAUUCCCCCAACAGGCAUUCCAAAGGAGAGCCUCAGUACUCCAGUCACUCCAGCAGCAAUACCCUGUCCAGCAACGCGUCCAGCAGCCACAGCGACGAUCGCUGGUUUGACCCCCUGGACCCUCUGGAGCCAGAGCAAGAUCCCCUUUCCAAGGGUGGCUCCAGCGAUAGCGGCAUUGAUACCACCCUCUAUACCUCCAGCCCCAGCUGCAUGUCACUGGCCAAGGUGCCUCGGCCAACCAAGCCACACAAGCCCCCAGGAAGUAUUGGCCUUUGUGGGGGUGGGCGCGAGGCCAGCGGGCGGUCCCACCAAGCAGACAGGCGGCGAGAGGUCUCUCCUGCCCCUGCAGUUGCUGGCCAGAGCAAGGGCUACCGACCAAAGCUAUACAACACAGGCUCCAGCACCCCCACAGGCCUGGCCGGGGGCAGUCGUGACCCACCAAGGCAGACCAGUGACAUGAACUCGAGAGCUGGCUACCCUGCUCAGGUUUACAAAACUACCAGUGCAGAGACUCCUCGGCCUUCACAGCUGGCCCAGUCCAGCCCCUUCCAGCUCUCUGCCUCUGUCCCCAAGUCCUUCUUCUCUAAGCAGCCCAUGCGCAAUAAACACCCAACAGGAUGGAAGAGAACAGAUGAGCCCCCGCCACGACCACUCCCCUUCACUGACCCAAAGAAGCAGGUGGACACCAACACGAAAAAUGUCUUUGGGCAGCCACGGUUGAGAGCGUCCCUCCGCGACCUCCGUUCCCCACGGAAGAACUAUAAGUCCACCAUCGAGGAUGACCUGAAGAAGCUCAUCAUCAUGGACAACCUGGCUCCAGAGCAGGACAGAGAUGCAGGACAGUCACCACAGAAGAGUCUGCAGCGGACACUGUCUGAUGAGAGUCUGUGCAGUGGGCGGCGUGAGCCAAGCUUUGCCAACCCGGCCAGCCUGGACGGGGGCCUGCCCAGCGACGUGCUCUUCACCAGCACCUGCGCCUUCCCCUCCAGCACGCUGCCCGCCCGCCGCCAGCACCAGCACCUCUACCCACCUGGCAGCGGCCUCAGCACCAUCCCUGCCCCUGGCAACAGCUUCCCAGAGAAGAAAUCUACUGUCUCAGCCUCUGAGCUCUCACUGGCUGAUGGGCGGGACCGGCCACUGCGACGCCUCGACCCCGGGAUGAUGCCACUGCCCGAUACAGCUGCUGGCCUCGAGUGGUCCAGCCUGGUAAACGCAGCCAAGGCAUACGAAGUGCAAAGAGCUGUCUCGCUCUUCUCUCUCAACGACCCAGCUUUGAGCCCAGACAUGCCACCUGCACAGAGUCCUGUCCACAGCCAUCUGAGCCUGGAGAGAGGGCCCCAGACACCCAGGACCACCCCAACCAUGAGUGAGGAGCCACCCCUUGAUCUGACAGGCAAGGUGUACCAGCUGGAAGCAAUGCUGAAACAGCUGCACACGGACCUGCAGAAGGAGAAGCAGGACAAGGCAGUGCUGCAGUCGGAGGUGGCCAGCCUACGGCAGAACAACCAGCGGUUGCAGGAGGAGUCACAGGCCGCCAGUGAGCAGCUGCGCAAGUUCGCGGAGAUCUUCUGCAGGGAGAAGAAGGAACUGUGAGGCAGAGAGGCUGCUGCCCCCACCCCUCCACCUGGGCAGCGGUGGGGGGAAAGGGCUGUUGGCGUGCCUGCUCUCCUGUCUCCCUUUGCUCAGCUCCUGAAAGCAGGUGUGACCAAGAUAAUCCAGCCAGGGCCUCACCACACUCCCCAUGGACACAGAAACCUGAGGGAGGCUUCUCCGGGAUUGUGAGCUGGGUUCUGCUCAUGGUCCUCUAGCCCCAGUGGGCCACAGGGUCUCAGGCCUCCCUCUGAACUGCUCAUCUCUGGUCCCUGGGGGCUGGGCCCCGCUCACACUGCCCCCAGGGGCCCAACCUGCUGGACCCUACCUAGCCUCUUCCUAGGACCAAGCCAUCAGACGCUGUAAAAAGGAAAGAGUGAGGACAGAAGUGAGUCUCCAAACCCCACAGAAAUGGGCUCAUAAACCAAGUUUCUUCACGUACAAGAGUUGGGGCUUGUGGGGCCCAGCCCCCUGCAUGAG